UCGGCCGGUAAACUCUCACGUGCCAUUGGGGCGCGGGCUGGCGCGACGUGGUGGUGUGCGUUGGUGCGGGAGGUGAUGAAAAGGAUCUCGAUGGCCGAGACACCCGCGCUUAGCUUUGCAGUUUUGGUUCCCACCAUCCGCUUCGCGUCCCAUUCAAGACCUCCGCCGUGGUGUGUACCAUCGUGGAGGGUUUGUACCGCGUCUGCUUCUCUUCGCUCCUUGCGCCGUGGUAGUCAAAAGCUAAAUGUUUGUUUGCUUCUGAUUACGCUUGCAGCAUGGUCUUGCCGCUGCCCGCGUCUGCGGCUCUGGUAGCCGUUGCUUCUACUCUUCUUUUCUCUCCAUCAGCGGUCCUGGCUGCGGACGUGGAGACCGUGCUUGCGGGACAGGCCAACCUCACCAUCUUCCGCGGCCUGGUCAAGAACCACACCAACAUCUUCGCCAACCUGCCCAAGGACGUGACCGUCGCUGCUCCCGACGACAAUGCGUUCCGCAAAGUUGGCAACUGGGGAGCCUACAACGAGAGCAGGGUCGAGGCGACCCUGAAGUACCACAUCCUGAAGCAGGCCAUCGCCAUGCCCUCCAUCGUCAAGGGCGACUCGAUCUGGGCGUCGACGACGCUGACCGACGAGACCUUCACCAACGUGACGGGCGGCCAGCAGCUGAUCCUUACCAAGCAGCCGGACGGCCGGGUCGUCUUCACGUCAGGCUUCGCCACGCGAGGCACCGUGCUGGUCGAGGACCUCAAGUUCGACAACGGCCUAGUCCAGAUCAUCGACUCGGUCAUGCGCGUGCCGGAAACGCUCGAGUCGACGGCCCGCAGCGCCUACACCGAUCUGACCUCCUUCGUCGGCGCGCUCUACGCCACCGACCUGAUGAGCGAGUUCGCCGGCGCGAAGGACCUGACCAUCUUCGCGCCGCGCAACGCCGCCUUCCAGCAGCUUGCCGGCGCGCUCUCCGCCAUGGACGAGCCGAUGCUCAAGCGCGUGCUGCGCUACCACAUCGUGCCCGGCAACAGCAGCAGCAGCAGCAGCAGCAGCAGCAGCAGCAGCAGCAGCAGCAGCAGCAGCAGCAACCUGACGCAUUACUCGUGGGACCUGAAGAACGGCAGCACGCUCGCCACGGCCGCCGACGGCGGCCGCCCGCUCACCAUCACCCGCUUCACCAACUUCGUCUUCGUCAACUCGGCCGAGAUCAUCCAGCCCGACAUCCUCGUCGCCAACGGCCUCGUCCACAUGGUCGACAACCUGCUCAACCCGGACCGGGCCACCGCCCGCCCGGACGUCGCCUCCCCGACCGCCCAGUCGCCCGUCUUCUCGCUCAUCGGCGCCACCGCCACCGGCACCGCCGUGCCGACGCCCUUUGCGUCCUACUUGCCCUGCACCGCGAACUGUCCCACGGCGCAGCCGACUGCUGGGGGCGCGGCGGGGGGAGCAGCCGGGGAUGGGGCCGGGGCCACGUCCAGUAAUGCGGGCGUGGCGCCGGCCAGGUGCACGGGGCUCGCUGGGGCGGGGGUUGGGAUCGGGCUGGCUGUGGGCGCGGUCAUUGCUGGGUGGUAGAUUUGGUCUAAUCCAAGACUCCUUUGAUUCUGUCUGUGCGUAUGUGG